AUGGCUCGCCGAACUUACACCCUGACCGAGCUGAUGGGUCUUCGUACGAAUCAUAUUCCGGAUGAGAUCUUGCCCAUGGCUCGAAAUCCUGAGAUCGCUGAUAUAAUUCGUCGCCCUGGACGAGAGUCAUCUUCUGCUUCCGGCACCAGCUGCAAGCCGUCCACCAUCAGACACAAGGAUGAUUCUUCUGUGACCUCAGAUGAGCUCAUAUUCAAGGGCACCGUCAGCCGCCGUAUGGGCCGUGAGCUUGCCCGGGAAGCUUCUCACAACUCACUGCGUGCUCCUACCCGGGAAGUUCCCCGGGACACUGCCCGGGAUAUCACCCAAGAUCCUCCUUACGACCCUUCCCGCCCAAUGGAAUGGAAAUACCGGGGACGGAGCGAGACCGAAGCUGCAACAACGGAGCCCAUCCCCGCGCCCACCGGCGCCCCAGCUCAGCGAGACGAAGGUUUCCAGCGUUUUUACAAAGCCGUUGUUUCUCCUACACAUGUUCGUGUCACUGCCGGUGGCCGAAUCGUCCCCAAUACCCGGGGCCCACCGUCGCCUACCGCCAAGAGAGAGAGUGAUAAUUCUGUAAUGGAUAGUCAAAGUGUCUCUGACAAGGAAGUAUCGAGCAAACCACUGGCUGCCUCCGUCGGCCUCGGCCAGCCAGUCCCGACCAUGCCCCAGCUUAUGACUGGAUAUCCGCCCGGAUUCCAGCCGCUUCAGGCCCCGGUCUCUUUUGUGCCUAUGGCAUUGGGAACUCAUCUUCCUCCAGGAUUUUCUUUCCCACAGGGUACCACGGCACCGCUUGCAACUGGCAACACCCUGAAAGACAUGCACAACGCAAAGAUGACCGACGACGACAAGCAAGGCAAGACCAAGUCUUCACUGCCCGAGCCAUUCUACUACAACGGUCAAAUUAUAUACCCCGUUGGGGCCUUCCCAGGCCACCUGGGCAAUCCUAUGGUCCCUGUCCACGUGGUUGGCAUUCCACAUGGCGUUGCUCCCCAAAUGCCCGGGCAGUACAUCCCACCACAGCCAACCCAACCCAGCGCGGCGCCCACGGGGUCGUCUUACGCUCCCUCCAACCAAAGUCUCUCCGGAAUCUCACCCGUUGUCAACCACAUUGUCCCAGCUAAUGCCAACUUCAAUGCGGCCGCGGCGCCGCCGAUCUCGUCAAUCAGACCCAGCGACAUCACCAAGAAGCAGAUUGCUUCAUUCAAGCAAAACCUCAAGUAUCACGAGGACCAGCUGCAGUACAAUCGGCACCAGAUUGACGAAAAGGACAUGGAGCAGAAGAUUCAGAUCAUCAAAGGUCACAUCCAUAAAUUUGAGACGACCCUGAGGACCCAGCUUGAGUACGAAGACGCGCAUUUUAAGACGGCACAGGGGAAGGAGGAUAAGAAACCGCCCCAACCCUCCACCGUCGCGGAGGAAGCGAGAACCUCGUCGCAGCCGUCUGGACCGGCUGGACCGGCUGGACCGCUUGGAUACGCAGCUCCAGCCACCAAGAAGGAGAUGGACGAGGCGAUCAAUCGCCGGCUUGCCCUUGCCACCUAUGGUAUCAACACCAACAUCGGUGAGGGUGCCAAAGCCAUGUUUAGGGGUCCCAUGGAACCGGCAUUCCCUGGGAUAAAUGGCUUUCCCAGCACGGUAGGCUUACCUAGCGACGCAGCCUUGGCCCCCGUCUUUCAUCCUCGCGGUUAUGCUUCUACCUGGACAGGUACCCAGUAUGCCAGAGAAAUGAAGGCCUACGAAGAGGCAGAGAAGCGGCUGCUCGCGACAGAAUCCAAGAGCUUAGAGCACCUCCGCGUUAGCGAGCAGCGGUCGGUGUCACAGCCUUUCCCCGCACACAUGGCUCUCCCUGUGCAGGCCGAAGACAACCCCCGGACUUCCGAUGACUCGGGCAGCUCUGUCAGAAACGGCACCAAACAACCAUCCAACUUCGGAGUGCCGUACUUGCUGGGCACGCUUCCCAAGGGUGUCAACCCCCGUACAGCUAGAGACCAAGACUAUUGUUACAAGCGUCCGCUGACUGAAGAGGAGCGCCGUGCCCGGUUUUUGUACUGGGGGAAGGCGCCUAAGUCUGCCGUCAAGGGUUUGCCCAAGUAUGACGGGAAGCACUUCUACCCCCCAUCGCCCGUCAAGGAGCGGUCUGUUGAACUCUCGCAAGAGUCCAACCACCGCGCAACAGACUCGGAUGGUGACCCAUUCCGCCCCAUGACGCCCUUGCAGCGAGCCGAUACCAAAGGGGUGUCGGCUAGUGAGGAUAACUGCACUGCGAGCCGACUUACCAGGACCAUCUCUUUUGAGACUCAGGUCAACGGCGGUUCCGAGGAUUACAUCGUAGGGGGAGCAUCUCUCAAGUUUGAGGAUAAUGCAGGCCACAAUUCUGUUGGGCCCGCUGACCGGCGCCCAGAGAACCCAGGUGCAAAACUGUGGCAGACAAUGUUGAAGAAGGGGCCGACCAGCAGUGCCCUGUCUUCGACCACAGCCCAAGGUGUCGUCAUCUCCAACGUUCCGGAGAAGCGUGGUGAGAACUGCCCACCGGGUGGCGUGAGCUCCCUCGAGGACCAGUUCAAGCACCUGGCCGUCGAUGUCGCUACCCGACGUGAUUUGACCACUGCCUUUGGAAUGUGA